UAUAACAUGAUGACAGAUGAGAUGACACGUUAUACCUUAAACCUCCAGCGUUUCUGAGAAAAAAAAAAACACAAUAAAAACUAUGAACGCUAACAAGAAAGGUCAAGGUGAAAGAGGCUGUCUGCCACUAGCUUCACGACUGAUUCUGUACGGCCUAUGUGGUUUUUUCGCCGAGGUUAUGUUCACUGCAACAUGGUACUUUAUUGACUCAGCGAAGUACCGGCACGGUUGGAAACUUCAUGGUUGUACAUCGGUUUGGAGCUUUCCCAUUUAUGCAGUUUCGUCCUAUGUUGUUGAGCGAAUGUACCUGUCCCUGAAUGACAAGACUAACAUGGCAGUGCGUGGUUUUAUCUACGUUCUAUGGACGUAUGCUUGGGAGUUUUCUACCGGUCUGAUUUUGCGGCAGUUCAAUGCUUGUCCUUGGGAUUACACUGAGUAUACAUAUUUCCAUAUAAUGGGAUUGAUUACUUUUGAUUAUGCUCCAUUGUGGUACUUUGGUUCCCUGUUUCUGGAAACUGUUGUUGUUCAAAGUGCGCUACAGCUUCAGUAUACAACAACAAACAAUCGAGUAAAAUUCAACUAGCCCCGAUAAGCUACAAGGAAUGAGGUGCGUAGUUGGAUGCUGUGUCACACAAUACUUUCCCUUUGAGAUACAAUUUAAAUACAAAGUACAAAGACAUUUCUAUGAGGUGUCAACUCUUAUCUACAAACCAAGACGAGAAGAAUUCCUAAAAGUGGCCAGGGAUGAUUUAAAUCCAUUUAAACAUAUACUUGGUAAUGCGUUGAAGAAAUACCCCAGAUACCGCGCUGGGCUUCUCUUGAAAGCGAGAUUGCGUAUUUCUUAUAAAUAUUUAUUGCGGUGUUAAGAUAAGGUAAGGUUACAUCUAUUCGCUCCGACGAAGGGCUAACGCUAGAAACGUCAGCUUUUGUAAUCGUUACGGUGGCCAAUUUACCACUUC